GUGAAGCCGAGCUGAAAACGAUUGGAGCUCGCGCACGCUGUAACGGGACGACUUCAGGAAAGAGCAGGGAAGUUUGUAUGGACAUGACGCUUUUUUCCUUGCGGAUAAACAGAGCUGCUAAAGGAGAACAGCGUUUCGCGAACGGGAGGAGAGGCUUUUAAAGCUAUGAUCCAGCUUAAUUUAUUAUGAGUGGACGUAGAGUUUGACUUGCCAAACAAAUCAAAAUGCGGAGCGUUCUCUGAGGAAGAGACCGCCAAUGCUCACCUUCUUCUAGGCACUUUACAAGCUCUUCAAAUAUUUUUUUCGCUACUUGUUUCAGCAAAAACAACACGGCGGCAGCAUGGCAGAGCACGAAAGCUUGGAGUUUGGGAAGGCAGACUUUGUGCUUUUGGACAACGUGUCGAUGGAGGAAUUCAUGGCCAACUUAAAACUCAGGUUUGAGAAGGGGAGGAUUUACACCUACAUUGGUGAGGUGGUGGUGUCGGUGAACCCGUACCGUGCCAUGAACAUCUACAGCCGGGACACCGUAGAGCAGUACAAAGGUCGUGAACUAUACGAGAGGCCGCCACACCUAUUUGCCAUCGCUGAUGCUGCUUACAAAGCCAUGAAGAGGAGGAACAAAGACACUUGUAUUGUCAUCUCAGGGGAAAGUGGUGCAGGAAAAACCGAGGCCAGCAAGUACAUAAUGCAAUACAUAGCUGCUAUUACCAACCCUAAUCAGAGGGCGGAAGUUGAAAGAGUAAAAAACAUGCUGCUGAAAUCCAACUGUGUCCUGGAGGCCUUUGGAAAUGCCAAAACCAACCGCAAUGACAACUCCAGCCGCUUUGGCAAAUACAUGGACAUCAACUUUGACUUCAAAGGGGAUCCCAUCGGGGGCCACAUCAACAACUACCUACUGGAGAAGUCCAGGGUAAUUUUCCAGCAGGAAGGCGAGAGGAGCUUCCACUCAUUCUACCAGCUGCUGAAAGGUGGUCCGGAUUCCCUCUUACGCUCUCUUCACAUUCAAAAAGACCCAACAGCAUACAACUACAUCAAAGUUGGAGGCCAGAUUAAGUCUGGCAUCAAUGACAGUGCUGAUUUCAAAGCUGUAGCCGAUGCCAUGAAAGUAAUUGGGUUCACAGUCGACGAGAUUCAGACUGUUUACAAGAUCCUGGCCACCAUCCUGCAUCUGGGAAACCUGACCUUUGGAGUCGAUGGUGAUGUUACCCUGAUAGAGAACACAAAGCUUGUCUCUGUGAUUAGGGAGCUCCUUUCCACCAAGGAGGAAAAUGUGGAGAAGGCUCUGCUGUAUCGCACAGUGGCAACCGGUCGAGACGUCAUUGAAAAACAGCACACCACACAGGAGGCCAGUUAUGGGCGAGAUGCUCUUGCAAAGGCAAUGUAUGAGCGUCUGUUCUGCUGGAUCGUUGGCCGCAUCAAUGACAUUAUUGAGGUGAAAAAUUAUGAUGCCAGAGUCCAUGGAAAGAACACGGUCAUCGGAGUGUUGGACAUCUACGGCUUUGAAAUUUUCCAGAACAACAGCUUUGAGCAGUUUUGCAUCAACUACUGUAAUGAAAAGCUGCAGCAACUCUUCAUUCAGCUGGUUCUAAGGCAGGAACAGGAGGAGUAUCAGAGAGAAGGCAUCCCCUGGAAACAUAUUGAUUACUUCAACAACCAGAUUAUUGUUGACCUGGUGGAGCAGCAGCAUAAAGGCAUCUUCUCUGUUCUGGAUGAAGCCUGCAUGAAUGUGGGCAAAGUUACGGAUGAGGUCUUCCUGCAGGGACUGAACGUCAAGCUGGCCAAGCACGCCCACUUCACAAGCCGCAAGCUCUCACCAACUGAUAAGAGUCUGGAGUUUGACAGAGACUUUCGCAUCAGGCACUAUGCAGGGGAUGUGGCGUACUCAGUGGUGGGCUUUAUUGAUAAGAACAAAGACACCCUGUUCCAAGACUUUAAGAGGCUUUUGUACAACAGUUCCAAUCCAGUACUGAAGGGGAUGUGGCCUGAGGGCAAACUGAGAAUUACAGAGGUCACCAAACGGCCGCUGACAGCAGCAACAAUCUUCAAAAACUCCAUGAUUUCUUUGGUGGAGAACCUUGCCAGCAAGGAACCCUACUACGUCCGCUGCAUCAAGCCCAACGACGUCAAAUCUCCUCUUCUGUUUGAGCCCGAACGCUGCCGCCACCAGGUGGAGUAUCUCGGCCUGCUGGAGAACGUCAGAGUGCGUCGGGCCGGCUUCGCCUACAGACAGACAUAUCCACGAUUUCUGCAGAGAUACAAGAUGAUCUCAGAGUUUACAUGGCCCAACCAUGACCUGCCAUCAGACAAAGAUGCCGUUAAGAAGCUUCUGCAGGGCUGCAAGUUUGACCACGAUGUGGCUUAUGGCAAAACAAAGGUCUUCAUCCGCACGCCGCGUACUCUCUUCAGCCUGGAGGAGCAGCGAGCUGAAAUGGUCCAAAGAAUUGUGGUUUUCCUCCAGAAGGUUUGGCGGGGCACUCUUGCCAGAAUGCGAUACCGGCGGAUGCGCGCCGCCCUCAUAAUCCUGCGGGCCUACCGACGCUACAAGGUCAAGUCCUACAUCCGCGAGGUUAACCGUCGCUUCAAAAAUGUUCGCUCCAUGAAAGACCAUGGCAGACAUGUGAAGUGGCCGACACCUCCUAAAGUCCUGCGCAAGUUUGAAGAGGCAAUGAAGAGCAUCUAUAACAGGUGGUGGGCAUGGACACUGAUCAAAGGCCUUUCUCCAGAGGAGACUCUGCAGGUCAGGGCCAAGGUAGCCAGCCUGGAGGCCCUGAAGGGCCAGAGGGCCGACUUGGGCUUGCAGAGAGCCUGGGAGGGAAACUAUGUGAAGCGUGACAACCCUGACACCGCUUCGUCAUUCACUCUUGUUUCCAGCGAGCUACAGCGGAAAGACAAGUUCAUGAGAGUUUUGUUCUCCUGCAACGUGAGAAAGAUCAACCGUUUUCACAAGGCGGAGGACCGGGCUCUGCUCAUCUCUGACCGACACCUGUAUAAAAUGGAUCCCCUGAAGCAGUACAAACCCAUGAAGAGCAUCCCCCUCUACAAUGUGACAGGAUUGAGCGUGUCCCCUGGGAAGGAUCAGCUGGUUGUGUUUCACACCAAGGACAGUCGGGAUCUCGUGGUGUGCCUGCAGGGCAUGGUGCCUGCCAACGAGAGCCGCAUCGGGGAGCUGGUUGGCACCCUGCUCAGUCAUUUCAAGAGUGAGAAGAGGAAGCUACAGGUGAACAUUACAAGCCCCAUCCAGUGCAGCAUGAAUGGACGAAAGUGCACGGUCGUCGUCGAGCCAAAGAUCAACCAGUCGCAUCCGGACUUCACCAAGAGCCGAGCUGGCUACAUCCUGGCUGUUCCUGGCAACUAAAAUGGGCCAAAAGCAGAAAAGUGUAAUAGCUGAUUUUAAACCAUUCCGAGAUUACAAUGAAGAUUGUUUUGAUUCGCAGAGCUGCUCUUGAUGUAGCGAGCAGCUCUAUAUAUAGAUGGAUUCUUUAAGCUAAGCCAAAUUUGUCCUAGUUUUGCUAGUUGUGUCAUUGAAGAAGGCAAUAUCAGCUGAAAGAAUAUGCACUUAUUACUUACCAAAGGGGAACUGUUGCUUUGGUUAAAAUCUGUAUUUGAGUUGAUUUGCUUUGUGCAAUAUUUAGUUCGCUGCAUACUGAUUAGUGUUAAUCCAGGUGAGAAUGGAUUAUCUAAAAGCUGUUCUCAGAAGCACCGUCGUUGCGUAACAUCAGUAAAAUCCAAAUGUUUCACAGGAAUUUCUAAUCCCUGAAGCUCCAUCAGUUAGCCGGCACAAAUGGGAACCCUUGAAAAAUGAAGAAUAUGAUUGAUUAUGUUUGCUUUAAUGCGUACCAUUGGUGUUUUCAAAAACGAUAAUGCUACCAAAGACCAUUCCUGUCUAAUGGAGAUAAUGAAGGACCUGGAAUGUCUGCUUUACUUAAUGUUUACAAGUGUAUCAUGAAACUGGGCCAAAGUCUCAGUGACAAAUUAUUUUAGUUGUCAUCACAGGAUGUUUGGUAGAAUGUGUUGAGCACAUUCUCAACAAAACAAUCCUGCCACAUAAGCAUGUUAAAGCGUUGGCAAAAAAAAUGAACAGCAAUUAGCAAAAAAUGAAACAAACUUUUUUCAUUUUAUUUCCUAUUAUCUGUACGUGUAAAACUCAGUGCUUUAUCAGAAUUGCUUGCCAGUACUUCAUAAAGAUGGAGAUCAUGUUUGAGUGAGACUGAAGAUGCAGGUGUUCUUUUCUGAGUCCAUUAGUUUGCUCAGAGCUUCACCUGCAGACAGCAGAGAUGGGGUUGGACACAUUUGGACAGUUCUUUUCAUCAGCUCUUUGGAGACUUGUCUUUUACUUUUCUCAAAGCUUAGAAAUCCAAACAGCGCAAACCACAUGAUUCGUCUUCCACAAGGUGUCACUUGUGCUACUGUCAUCCCUUUGCUUUUUUUUUUUUUUUUUUUGUGCUGGCUAAGUACAGAAUGUGUUUCUCUCUGUUUUGCAAAAGAAUCCGUCAACACUGAAUUUCACCAAACACAAAUGUCAUGUUUUAGGAUAUGGAUUUUAUUGUAUGGUAUUAAAUGAAAAAAAGAUGCAUAACAAAAGUUAUGUGAGCUAUAAGCCCCUGGCCAUUCACACCACAUAUACAUAGCUCACUCAUUAGCAUUAAUAUUCAAAUCCAUCCUCGGAUUGAACAGAUAAAGUAGAGAUUUUGGGCUCAAACUAUUCUAACCCCGUUUAUCCAUUGAGGUGAAAUAUUUAUUUCUGAUCUUUUUUCAUGUUUUCCACAUAAAAUUGUUUUUGUUGAUGUUCUGGAGCUUUCAUUAAAGUAUUUGUUUAUCGAAAACAAUUUUUUCCCCACCUUACAUUGCUGCUAACUGCUAACAUCCCCCUAGCUUACAAGACAACCACUAAGCCAUUGUUAAACAGUUUGCUGCUGCUGUCCAGGCUAGAUAACCAUUAAUGUAAAAUAAAAAGAAAUAUUCCCAACAUUUUCUCAGAUUUUCCUUCAUUUUGUCUAUUUUGAUGUUAAUAAUCUGUCCAUAGACUGAACAGAAAAAGCAAAAAUUCUGACCUAAAUAUUUUUUUUUGUAACUUCUCAACUGUAGUCUUAUAAUUUUCUUUAUCUGUUUUACUGUUUUAAGAUGUUGCUUUAAAAGGACCAAUCAGUUUGAUUUGACAGAAAUGGCUUCUGGUAUUUAGGAGAGUCUACUUAUAAUAGGAGUGACAGAUUAAAUUUGAAAGCACCGUAAUAAUUUUUUAUUCAUGCUGUCUUUAUAUUAAACCUUAGAUACUCUUAACUAUUAAAGAAUGUAAAAAUACAUUCAUGUACAGUCCCUUAAUACUUUGAUCGCCGUUCCAGUUUUGAUCCUGAAAGUUAUGAGAGAGCUCCAGAACAUUUACAGAAAUGUUCAUUUCCUUUGCUGUUUCUUUGAACAACUGGAAAUAUCUGCCUAAUCUCCAUGUUCUGCUUGCAAUUUCCACACAGCUGGUUGUAGGAGGACUAAAUGUCUUUCUAGAUGUUUUAAUGGGAAUUGCAUAAAUAACAAAAUCAAGCAAAAAGACACAAAAGGACUACACAGCCAAAGCUCCCAUUGUGUUUUCUCUGGACUAAAAGCUUUCGUUAUGCUUCACAACAGGAAGGAGAACUUUAGUGGACUUUCAGGCAAGUGUCGCACAGCCAGCCAACUCUGUGGGAUUUAUCCAGGUAUUGUUUAAUUACUCUGACAAUGUUUCCACCUUUUGAAGAGUUGUACAUAUUCAGUUGAUUGGUGGUGCGCUUUUAGACGAGAAAAACUUGUGAAAAUUGUAGCAAAAAAAUCGAAUCAGGGAAAUGUUGUAGGUUUUAUUAGACAGUCCACAAAGGAGUGUUCCUGCGUGUGCGUGCGUGUGUGUGGGUGCGUGUGUGAACUAGCAGUGCACCUCUGCAUGUCCUCCAGUGUGGUAAUUUCCCACUGGAUUUUCCUCUUUUCCCUCCUCUCCACUCGGCUCUUCACCGCUCAUCAUUAGGAUGGACUUUAUGUUAUUUCUUACUUCAGCACUUCUCUCCAGGCCAGAGAACAAAAUGGUGAACAAAGCCUCAUUUUUGCUUUCUCCCAUUCUCCUGUCUCCCUCAUUGCAUGUCUCCACUCUGCAUCAAAUCACUCUGACUCCUGGGCCAGCAUAGCUCACUGUACUGCUGGUCAUUCAGGGAUUUUGUUUGGUUUUGCUUUGUUUUCUUUUUUAAAUUAGUUUUGCUCUGUUUUCAUGCACUCAAAUGUUUUCAAAUACAAUUUUUAAAAAUACAAGACUGCAAAAAAGAGUUAUGGAUGUCCCGAAGCAUUUUAUAGAUUACACAGUGUAUCAAAUUUAUCAUCGUUGUACUACAAAAGUUAUUUGACUGCUAUUUCGUUAAAUAUUGCAGAAAGAGUUUGAGACAAAUUUGGUGCUUUCCAAAAUAUGUAUAAGACUUCUCAUGAAGAUUAUACAUGAAAGUUCAUGUAUUAGCUUUGUUGCAACAUGAAAUGCAUGUUGCAACAAAGCUAAAAACAAAAAAUCUGUAAAGCUACGUACAUCAUUAUUUAUCACUAAUCUUGUAGCCACUGGCAUUAAUCUCUAUAUUCACGUAUGGUGUGUUUCUCUGUUAUUAUGUCACACAAUGUAUCUGGCUACAAAUCUGUUUUAUUAUUUUACCUAUUUUGGAAAUACGCAGGGUUUUUUGGUACAACAAAAGAACUUUACACUACUGUGAAAAGUUCUAACUCCUAUUUUUUUUGGUCAUAUUUCCAUAAGAGAGAUUUUGUUGAGUCCAUCAAAAUGGUAUUAUUCUAAGAAUAAAUAAAUAAAAAUUAAAUAAAAAAGGUUAUUGAGGCCCUAAUGUGUUUGCCUCAAGAUGCUUUUUCAAUUAAAAUAUUACAUUUCAGAUUCUCGGCUCAUCAAAAACACAGUUCGUUCCCAUUUCAUUUCAUGAAUCUGUGACACACAUUUUAAAAAGACAUAAUCGUUUCCAAACAACUAUUGGCUGAAAAUUUGGCAGAAAACUAAAUGGUGGCGCAUGGAAGACCUUUGUCAGACUUUCAAGACUUGUUUUCCCCCUGCUGUUCGUCAUCUGUAAAUAUAUAUGUUUUUUCUUUUAUUUCUUUUGCCUUCUUUUGUCACGCACUUGUCAACUUUCCUUUCUUCAAUACACAAUGACGAGCUUGCACAAUCUGGUCAGAAAAUAGCGAAAAGCAGCCAAAGUCCAAGGAAAACGGUAAAGCUCAAAGAACUAACAAUCAAAGCCACUUACAUAGAUUACUAGAAAGCUCAAAAUUUGGAAACAAAUUAUAAGAGUUCAAAAGGAUGUUUCAAAAUUAUACACAGUUAUAAUUUCCCCAAGUUAUAAAGUUCAAGCUGCAGGCUGGAGGCAUUUUCUGUUCUGUCCUUGGAGCAAAAAAGUAAAAGCCAAAGCAGUCAAGUUACUGCAUCUGCACUUUCUAACUUUUGCUGAUUUGUGGCUAAAUCUGUAAAAGUAACUCUCCAGGAUAUUCUGAUCAUUUCUUGUUCCUGAAAAAUACCGUAUAUUACAAUGCGUGCAUUAUUGUUAUUUGAAGGCCGAGGAAAAAUAUGCAGUGUUGGCAGAUUUAUUUUUCUUUUCUUUAUUUUUGGGGAUUUUUUUCAAAGUAAUUUGACAUUCAAUUAAUACAGAAAUAUUGCUAAAAACCAUCUUAUUUCUAAUUAUCCCAUUAUACACUCGUCUAAAUCUGAAUGACAGCUUUUGUGCCAUUAUGUCUUCACCUUACUGUGAUCUAUUGUUUUUUUUUUUACCCAAUCCAUGUCAGCCAAAUCAUAACUGAUUAUAUCUUCUCUCUGUAAUUUCUGUUGUCAGCAGCUUUAAGUUAAAUCUGUGUGUAUGUAUGCACCUUUCCUUCAACAUGUGCCUAAUUUUAUUUUGAGUUUAUAUUUUGUAAUAUUUCAUACUAUAUAUAAUUGAAAAAUAUAUCGCAAGUAAAACUAAAGGGAAAUGCUGUUAUUCUGUGUUGUGCAUAGUGUUUUUGUAUGAUUCAGGUUCAGCUGUUUAUGAUGUUCCACAAUGAUAAAUAUGGCAUUAAUCAAUUUAUUAAUAAAUGUAUUUGCUUCAA